CUGCGCAGACACGUUCGUGCUUCCGGAUACCGAUCGGGACACUGCUGCAAACAGUUCUGUUUUUGUUGUCUACAGCAAUGGUUGGCUAACUAAUUAGCAAGUCAAGAACGAAUUAAAUCGAUUUGUUUCAAUACAUUUGGUCGCAGAGUUUGCUCACGGUCUUUCUGCUUCAAUGGGCGCUCACGGGGGUGUAGGGAACGAACCCGAGUCUCCAGACUACUCAGUACACGAAGCCUGGAAUGAGGCUACCAAUGUUUACCUGCUGGUGAUCCUGGUUAGCUUCGGUCUGCUCAUGUACGCCAGAAAGAACAAGAGGAAGAUCAUGCGUAUCUUCACUCUGCCUCCCACCGUUGGCAACAGCCCAGAACCCAACUUCUAUGACAGCCUGCAGAAGGUCCGCCUGCGGCAGCAGCUGGAGAUGUACUCUAUGGCUAGAAAAUUUGAGCAACAGCAGCAGCAGCAGCAACAAGGUCAAGCAGACAGUGUGCAGCUCUCCAUGGAAUGAGAGCAGCGCUGCAGCCGGGGUUUCAGGUCUCCUCCCCUCUCUGUCAGAGAAACAUGCCUGCAUCCUUGAGCCACAUACAUGGACAGCCAAAGGACUCGAAUGGCCGUCAGUCAUAUAGAGUCUGCUUUCGGAACCCUGGGCAUUCUCCAGAGGGAUUGUAUAUGUGAAUGCAAAUGUCUGCAGACACUCCUGAGAUUUCCUUGUCAGCUCCUUACUACAAUCUUCAUUUAAUGUCCAAGUUAGCUCCACUGUGGAAAUAUAGUAGAAGAAACUCUUGAGGUUACAUAACCAGUUAAUGGGCAAUCUCACCACCUUCUGCAUGCUCAAGCCAGAGGCCACCUUCUUAACCCACCCCUCUGGAGAUUGUUGUAAAUACGUCUCAUCCAGACAGUAUCCUGCUUUUGUCCUGGUUGUCUGCGUUUGGUCCCAAAUGAGACGGGUUUCUGUUCACCAUCAGUUGUUUCUCCUUUGUCUUAAAAAAAAUACAAGCAGGAACAGAUGCAGUCAUAUGGACUGAUAUGAUCCAGGAACGAUCAUUAGAGAGCGACAUCUUUCAUGUCUGCUCUACAAUACUGAGCUGAGCAGUGACUUUAACAUUGUGUGAGGAAUGAGACAAGUGCUGCAGAAGUCACUAAAGUGUUUAUUUUAUGUAGGACUUAAGACAAAGUCCAUGAAUGUUUUCUUGUAUGUUGAAUUAAAUCCUUGUAAGUUU